GACCAGAACCAGCGGCGAACUACCUCUGCACUGCGCCUGCGGCCUCCGGGGUUGGGGGCGGGGACACGGCUGGAAGUCGCGCUCCGGGAUCAACAGGCGCGCGCUCGGAACGGGGAGCGGUUGGUGAUGUGACGUUAGCGGCAGCUCGCGUUUCAGUCCGAGUUGGAACCGGUCCGGGCUGGAUGUUAUGUGAAGGAGUGAAAGGUGCAGUAGAUAUCCCCCACUCAUUCUGCCUGCUCUUCGAUCAGCAGCAUCCUCCUGUCUCAUCACUGCUUUUGUUGUUCUAACCUGUAGCAAUGGCUGAUACGAGAACAAUGUCUGGUGGUGAUACUGUUGAUGCACAAUCCAGUACAAUCUAUGAAGGAAGAAGCCAAAAACAACUGGCUGAUGAUACUCUUGCUGUGGAUGCAGUACCUGACCAGUAUAUAAAGUAUAAAAUGAGCUACAAACAUAUUGGCAAGUGUCUUAUCUUCAACAAUAAGAAUUUCCAUCCAGUGACAGGCAUGAAUAAACGUAAUGGUACGGAUGUAGAUGCUGCUAAACUGAGCAAGACAUUCAAAAACCUGGGCUAUGAUGUUAUGGUUUAUAAUGACAAAACAUGCAAUGAAAUGCUUGAAAUAUUGCAAAAUGCUGCCAAGAGCGACCACAGCCAAAUGGCUUCAUUUGUUUGUAUUUUCCUCAGCCAUGGAGAUGAAGGAUUAUUGUAUGGAAUAGAUGGCGCUGAAGAAAUUAGAAAAUUCACCAGUAUCUUUCGAGGAGAUCGAUGCAGAUCUUUGGUUGGCAAGCCAAAGAUGUUCUUUAUCCAGGCUUGUCGAGGAAAUGAAUUUGAUGGAGGUGUUGAGACUGACAGUGUUGUAGAUGAAAAGAGUACUUCCCUGAAAAAAAUACCCAUAGAGGCUGACUUCCUGUAUGCUUAUUCUACAGCGCCUGGCUAUUACUCUUGGAGGAAUACAGGCAAUGGUUCAUGGUUUAUUCAGUCAUUAUGCCAUGUACUCGACACACAUGGCAAGGAACUGGAGAUCAUGCAAAUACUCACUAGAGUCAACCAUAAAGUGGCAUUGGAAUUUGAAUCCAGCACGCAUACGGAGGCUUGCAAUGAGAAAAAGCAAAUCCCUUGCAUUAUUUCUAUGCUAACUAAAGAACUUUACUUUAGUUGUUAAGACACUUUUGGAAAUGUGAAAUUGCACAAUUUCUUCAAUCUAUUCCAGAAUUAACAGCAACUUCCAAAACUUUAUCUGCCUGAAGAGCAAUAAAUGCUUUAAUCAACAUAACCAAUCAUAGAAUUUUUGGUGGUUAUUUUGAUGGCAUAAAUACAUUUCUAAAACCUGUUUAGUUAAAUUGUUGAUGCAAUAUCUUUACAAUGUCAAAUUUUGAAAAUCAAUAGUUAAUUUUUGAAUUUCAUUGUUAAAAGCAACUUAGCAGGUUUUUUGACUGAGUUUUGUUAAUAUAAAGAGAGCUUUUGAUAAAUAAAACAAAGAAUUGGGGAUGCUGGAGAAACUCAGCAGCAAAUUAGUGCAGUUUCUUCCCACAGAUCCCACCAGACCACCUGAGUUUCUCCACCAAUUUCUGUUUGCAUUUCUUUUGAUUAAAAUCGUGUUUGAGGAUCUUGCAUUGUUUUGUGUGUAUCAAUAGCCAUGUGUUUGAAAAUAAUUAAAAAUUUACACAAUUAUAAAGUAACCCAGUGAGAGCAACUAAAUGUAGAUGCUGAACAACAACUAUCUUUAUUGUCUUUCAAACAUGUUAACAUGUCUCACCAGCAUUUUUAAAAAGACAGCGUCCAAUAGUGUAUACUAAUUCAGCUUUGUAUGAGCAGUACCUUGGAUCCAGAAACUUGAGUACAUAAAACAGAAUGAUAUUUUGGUGUACUAGUGAAAGGCUGCUGCAUUAUCGGGUUCAGGUGAAACUUUAAAGAGGCUGGUUCUGAGUAAGGGUCUCCAGACCCAAAACGUUAACUCCGUUUUUUCCCUUACAGAUGCUGCUAGACCUGCUGAGAUUUUCCAGAAACUUUGUUUUUGUUCCUUGUUUAAAGAGCCUGGACCUUUGUUUCCUGUCAUUAUUCAUUAGAUAAACCUGAAAGAUCCCAUAGCACUUAUCAAAGUUUGCCUGUCUUAAAAUGAGUUAACUGGACCCUUUUUCAUUAUUUGUGGGAUUUUGCUUUACAAAUUGGCUACUAUGUUCAUCCAUAUUACAGCGUAGAAUUUUAAAAAUACUUUGGUUCUGAAACGUCAAGAUAUCCUUAGGAAGUCAAAUUCACUGUGUAACUAGAAGCUUGAAUAUUUGAGUGGAAGUAGUUUAGAAAUGAUACAGCACAGAAAGGGACCUUUUGGCCCAUCUUGUCCAUGCUGAUCCAAAGACACCCAGGUGUCCUUUCUCAUCCCAUCUUCCUGCACGUGGCCCAUAGCCCUGCAGUUUUCAGCAGUUAAGGUGUGGAACCAGGUACGCUUUGAAAGAGUGUAGUGUCUGUGUCUCCACCACCAACCUUAGGCAACAAAUUCCAGACACCAGCCACCAUCUGCGUUUUUUUUAAGAGGUUUUUUUCCUCAGGUUCCCUCUAAUCUUUCUGCCACUUAGCUUGAAUCAAUGACCCCUGAAACAUUCCAAGUAUUACAUUUUCAGAACUACUUCUAACCAAUUUACUUCCUUAUAUUCAGUUUUAGCAAAGUCACAGUAAAGAUAAAUUUAUUUAGCAUGUAGUAUUUUAAAGCCAAUAAGAUAACAUUAGGAUGAAUCUUUUAGGCUGAAUCAGUGAACUGGUCAUGUAGGAAUUUUUGAACUUGAAGUUCGAUCAAAUGACUCUGCUGCUUUGCAGAAUGUAAUUAGACAUUCCUUGUAAUGGGUAAGACUGAAAUCUGAGUUAGAAAACUUUUUUUUAGGGGUUACAUUUUAAAUAUUUCCUCUGUCUCUAUCUUAAAUUCUCCCCAAAUUAUACCUUACUAAGGAGCAGGCAUAACUUAACACCCUGACGAUACAGAGGAUUCUUGGUUUCUUUGGUUUUUUUAUAGUUUUAAGAUCUGUGCUUUUUUUUUUCUUCUAUUAUCUUUGGAGAGAGUGUGUUAGUUUGACUGCUGGUCCUAUUUAGUGCCUUCUCAUCAAUAAUUGUCACGAACUUGCAUCUUGAAUGCAGUCUUCCCUUAGCUGGACUGGCAAAUUUGCACUGGGUUACAUUGUUCUGCAUGAUAAAUAAAAAGCAAGCUUUGAAUUUUGCUAUGUUUGAAAUAUCUAGAGCCUUAUCCUAUAUACUUUUCGGGUAAUGAUAAUGGAAACUUUAAUUUUUACUGUUAAAGCCUCAAUACUGGGAUUCAGUAUUUGAUAUUUACACCUUUCUGAAAACUUGGAUGCUGAAUAUUGCAAAGAAUAGUGUCCGUUUCUUGUUCAGGUGCAUUACAUGUCUGAAAUAAACAAACUGAUACUAUACUGUUGUGCUCAGAAGAAAGUGCAAUAACAGCUGAAGUUUUUGUUUGUGUUAGGCAGUUUACUGUAUAAUGAAUCUUGUCAUAUUAUAAUAAAAUCCAUUUAACUACUGUAUUUUCCACACAACG